AGCCCGCUGAGCGCCAUUUCCGCGGCUCCUGCGACUCCCAGUGCGGCGGUCACCGGCACCCCUGGGGCAGAUUCUCCGCUUCUACUGGAGGGUAAAUCCGGUCCCUUUUAGUCCAUUUAGCCAGAAAUCCAAGCUUGGCCAGUGGUGGAAGUAAGUUAUAUUCUCUUGGAACUCAUCAUGAAUUCCGUGAAGCCUGAAGAGAACAAGUCAUUCAGUGCUACAGAAAAUGACCAGAGUACCAGACCUGAAGUUUCAAAGGAUGUCACGAAGCAGACAUGUUCUGGCACACCUGUUAAUCGUUCUCUGUCUGAUACAGAAGAGUGUAGUGGCACCAUUAAGCAUGAAAGUGAAGUUAUUAAGCGUGAAGCAUCCCAUGAAAUUCAGAACCCAAGUUUGAGCACCAAUAAACAAUGUAGUUUCACCUUUACUUUGAAUGAAAGCUCCAGGAAGCCAGACCGUAGUGUGUUUACAACAUAUGGUGAACUCAAUGAGAAUAUCUACUCAGCUCUGAACGCUAAUGACAAUUUCAGUGAAAGGAUGAAGAAUCAUUUGAAUAAGAACAUUAUUGUUUAUGAAGAAAAAACAAUAGAAGGAUAUAUAAAUUUAGGAAUGCCUCUCAAGUGCCUACCUAGAGGUUCUCAUUUUAAAAUAACAUUUGGUCAAAGAAAGAGUAACCAGGAAGAAGAUGAUCAGCUAUUACGCCAAUGUAAAAAUCCAAAUGUCGAAUGCAUUCUUUUUCACGUUGUUGCUGUUGGGAAGACGAUAAAGAAGAUUCUUAAGAUCAAGGAACUUCAUGAAAGAGGAAGUACACUUUGUAUCUAUGCCUUGAAGGGUGAGACUAUCAAAGAAGCCCUGUGUGAGGAUGGCCGAUUUCGGUCUGACCUAGACGAAUUUGAAUGGAAACUAAUGGAAGGUCAUAAUAAAAUUCAUGGAAAACAGUCCAAGGUAGAUGAAGUAUCUGGAAAAGUCUUAGAAAUGGACAUUUUUAAAAAACAAUUUGUCAGGAAAGGUACCUUUAAUAAAAUUAAACAGGAGAAUGAAAAUGCCACUGAUGAAACCAGUCCCUUGCGUCCGAUACAGUCUAAGAUUGAGGUCUAUGAAGAAGACAAAGAUGGAGAGACUGAGGAUGCAGAACACAACAGAGGGAAAAAAACCUCACGAGUUAGGCAAGGGCCCCAUAUGGCUGUGCAAUAUGCUAUUAAUGAGGCUAUCCAGCAGGAGGCAACUAAUCUCAGGAUAAAGAAUUUCCAAAUGUUGGGCAAAGUUAUAAUGCAUCAGUAUCCGAAUUUUAAAGAAGAGACACUUUGGAUGAGAAAGUAUUUUCGGGAAGAGCAGAAGAGAACAAAACUGCCAACGUUUAAACAAUUCAACCUAUAUAAAAAGUACUUUGGAAAAGUGACUGAAAAUUCUACUUCAGUUGCAACCUAUGAACAUCUUAUUCAUCUUAGUAAGUCAGUCGGGUACAUGAGAUGGGACAAUAAUGGAAACACGGGCAAUGCUACUUGCUUUGUCUUUAAUGAUGGUUAUAUUUUCACCUGUCGACAUGUUGUAGAUCUUAUGGUGGGAGAAGGGACAGAUCCAAGUUUGUGGCCAGAUAUAAUAAGCAAAUGUGCAAAGGUAACUUUCACUUAUAACAAGUUCUGUCCUACUGAUGCUGAUUGGUUUUCCAUCGAGCCAUGGUUUGAAGUGUCUGAUGCAACUCUAGAUUAUGCCAUUUUAAAACUAAGAGAAAAUGGAAGUGGAUUUCCUCCAGGCCUGUUUAGACAAAUUUCCCCUCAACCAGAUAAUGGUUUGAUUUAUUUAAUUGGUCACCCAGAAGGCCAGAUCAAGAAAAUAGAUGGUUGUGCUGUGAUUCCUCUAGGUCAACGGCCAGGGAGGUACCCACAGCAUCAUCAAGAUGGGGUGGUAGGACCCUAUGCUGCCACUUACAGUGCUUUCCCUAUGUUUACCCAAAGAAGUUUCCUAUCAGAGGCUUGGAGAAUUGACACACUUAGCUAUGAUACUUGUUUUUCUAGUGGGUCCUCUGGCUCCCCAGUGUUUAAAGCAUCUGGCCACUUGGUUGCUGUGCAUUCCAUUGGGCAUUUUUAUCAAUGUGGUAAUAUGGUGCAUGCUGUUAUUGAAUUUGGCUAUUCUAUGGAGUCAAUUCUUUGUGAUAUUAAACAGAAAAAUGAGAGCUUUUAUAAAUUACUAAAUGAAGAGAAAAAUGAGAACCACAGUGAAGACAAAAAUAACAAACAAGAGUCGUCAUUUCAAGAUCAUCAGAUUGAACCCAUGGAACAUUAGAAAGAAGAUGCUGUUUUCAGGAAAAUAGGCCAAUAAUUUAGAGUAUUUGGGGCUGUUUCCUUAAAAUAUA